AUGGGCCGACGACCGACCCACCGGGCGCUCGACCUGCGGCUACCUUUGGAAUUCGCGUGCGGGCCAAUCUCCUGGAAAUCCAAGCUCCAAGCCAUCGUCACGCUCUCCUCGACCGAAGUGGAUUACCUUGGCGCUUCUCUCGGCGACCCGCACGGAAUGCACCUCGACAACCUUAUGAAUGAGCUCGGACUUAUCAACUACAAGUGCUGCAAGGACUUUGACAUCAUCGAAAAUAAGGCCGACGGUACAACGGAGGAGUCUGUGAACACCAUCGUCGGUUACGUAGCAAUCUACAAACCUGAGCGCAAAAUGUGGGUAAGCCGAUUCCGUUCCAUAACCGAAUUGCAGACCUUUACAAUGUCCACGGAAGCCUUGGUGCAUUCAAUUAGUGAAGCCUUCGCACAUGGAGUCGACAUCACAUGA